CCAUGUGCUUCUUCUUCACAAGUGCAUCAGUAGAUUCAGUAGGCCACAUGACAUGGUGAUGCUUCUAUAUAUAUAUAUAUAUAUCAUGUCACAUAUUCUACACACAAGUAUCUCCAAAACGCACUAUCCUUCAAACUUAAUUCUUUCGGCGGUAGCUGAGCUCAAAGUGUACCUUUGGACGAUGGCGUCGAGGCCCGGAGCUCUGACAGAGUGGCCAUGGAGUUCCCUUGGUAGCUUCAAGUACCUCUUGGUAGCCCCGUUGGUGAUGGCGAGCAUGCAUUCGUACGUGACGGCUGAGGAUGAGGAGAAGGACCUCGGGAGACUGGCGAUAGUGGCGCUGAUGCUGUGGAGAAUAGUUCACAGCCAGAUAUGGAUCAGUGUGGCUCGUCAGAGGACGGCUAUGGGGAGGAAGAAGAUCGUGGACAAGCCCAUCGAGUUCGAGCAAGUGGACCGAGAGCGCACCUGGGACGACCAAAUCAUCUUCAACACUCUCCUCAUGUACCUCGCCAACUUCAAGCUCCCAGGCUCAUGCCGCCUUCCCCUCUGGAGACUAGACGGAGCCAUCCUCAUGGCUCUGCUUCACGCUGGCCCUGUCGAGUUCCUCUACUAUUGGUUCCACAGAGCUCUCCACCACCACUUCCUCUACUCUCGCUACCAUUCUCACCACCACUCCUCCAUCGUCACCGAGCCCAUCACGUCUGUGGUGCACCCCUUCGCCGAGCACAUCGCCUACACACUACUCUUCUCCAUACCCAUGGUAACGGCGUCCCUGUGUGGGAUCCUCUCCAUUGUUCCUGUCAUUGCCUACAUGACUUACAUUGACUUCAUGAACAACUUGGGACAUUGCAACUUUGAGCUUUUCCCUAAGCGUCUCUUCCACCUCUUCCCUCCACUCAAGUUCCUCUGCUACACCCCAUCGUUCCACUCGCUCCAUCACACACAGUUCAGGACCAACUACUCUCUGUUCAUGCCAAUCUACGACUAUAUCUACGGGACGACCGACAAGAGUAGCGAGUCGCUGUACGAGAGGUCGUUAGAGAUAAAGGAGGAAUCACCCGACGUCAUGCACCUCACUCACCUCACCACACUCGACUCCAUCUACCAAAUGCGCCUUGGCUUCCCGUCCCUUUCUUCCCACCCCUUGUGGUCUCGAUCCCCAUGGUACCUCAGCUGCUUCAUGUGGCCCUUCACUCUCCUAUUAUCCUUCGUCCUCACCUCCCCUUUCUCUUCCCGCACCUUUGUCUUUGAAAGAAACCGUAUCCGUAACCUCACCAUUCACUCUCACAUCCUUCCCAAGUUUGCCUUCCACUAUAAAUCUCAGUGCCACCAUGAGAGCAUCAACAAUAUCAUAGAGGCAGCUAUCCUUGAAGCAGAUGAAAAGGGCGUGAGAGUAAUGAGCCUUGGCCUGAUGAACAAUAGGGAGGAGCUAAACGGCUGUGGAGAAAUGUACGUGCAAAAGCAUCCGAAGCUGAAGAUAAAAUUAGUGGACGGAAGCAGCAUGGCAGCUGCGGUGGUGGUCAAUAGCAUUCCAAAGGGAACCUCGGAAGUUGUGUUUAGAGGCAAUCCCACAAAAGUUGCUUCGGCCGUUGUCUUUGCUCUAUGCCAAAGGGGCAUCAAGGUGGUGGUGUUACGCGCGGAGGAACACAGCAGACUCGUCAAAUCUGGGGUUGUCAAGAAGAAUCUGGUACAGUGCACGAGCAAUUAUUACUCCCCAGUGGUGUGGUUGGUGGGGGAUGAAAUAGGGAAAGAAGAGCAAAUGAAGGCAAAAGAAGGAACGCUCUUUAUUCCCUUCUCUCACUUUCCGCCCGACAAACUCCGCAAGGAUUGUUUCUACCACUCUACCCCUGCUAUGCUUGUUCCCAAGUCUGCCCAAAACAUCGACUCUUGUGAGAACUGGCUGGGGAGGAGGGUGAUGAGUGCGUGGAAAGUAGGGGGCAUAGUACAUGCGCUUGAGGGUUUGGAGGAGCAUGACUGCGGCAACACUCGCAACUUCUUCCGUCUCCACGCCAUCUGGGAAGCUGCUCUUCGCCAUGAUUUCACACCUCUCCCUUCUCCCACCAUCUCAUCUCUGAUCUAAUUUCAUCAUCUUCAUAUUUUGUAUAUCGAUCUAUCUCU